AUGUCACCCUCGACAACGCACCAAAUACACCACACCCUCCCACUCACUCUCAUCGUCGCCACCACUCCGGUCCGCAUCGCAUCAUCCUCACCAUCUCCCAAUGAAGCCUCUACACGACUCGGGAUCGGUCUGAAGGGAACGCUGCCCUGGCCACGCAUCAAGACCGACAUGUCCUUCUUCGCGCGCGCCACCUCGCGAGCGCCCGCUCGAGGCACGACCAACGCUAUCAUCAUGGGUCGCAAAACCUAUUACUCGGUACCCAAGCACCUCCGUCCCCUGGCCAAGCGAAUCAGUGUGGUCGUGACUCGAGACACCACCGGCUCUGUACGCGAUGAAGUCAUGAAAGAUCUCGAGGCACGCAAGGCCAAGAUGGCUGAAACAGUCAAAGCCAAGGCCAAGGCCGAGGCCGAGGCUGCGGGCGCGGUUGCAGCUGCGGUUGCGAAUGAGGCUCCCGCCCCCGAGCCAGAGACCGCUGCCUUGGUGGCGCCGAGCUUGGACGCGGCGUUAUCGGAGUUGGAUGCGCUUUAUGGAAAGGCAGGACGAUUGGGAAAAAUCUAUGUGAUUGGGGGAGCAGAGAUUUACGGAUUGGCUUCUCGGAUGGAAGCGGUGGAUCAACAGGGGCGGAGGAGGCCUGUGAGGAUUGUGUUGACGAAUGUUGUGCGACGAAUUGAGGGUCAGGACGGUGCGGAUACGGAGGGGUAUGAGUGUGAUACUUUCUUUCCCGUUGAGGGAUUGGGGACGGAUCAGGGUUGGAGAUGUGUCUCUUCUUCGGAGGUGUCUGAAUGGGUGGGAGAGGAAGUGACGGGAGAAUGGAUUCGUGAUGGAGAUGUGGAGGUGCAGAUGGUCGGGUACGAGAGAGUCGAUUGA